CAGUUCCAUUUACUGUUGCUAGAAGCGCCUUUGUUGAUGUACCCUCGGUUCGUCUGCGACAUACCUGACCAAAGCCUUUCAACGAAGUGUCUGCGUUGUCUCUACGUGAGAAAUACUUCACUUGUUAAUGGUGCCGUACGGCUAAGCUUCUCGGUCUGUAUAUGUCCGAUGGAGCGUGCUCGUCUGUGCCACUAAUGUGUUGUGUACAGGCCCGCCUAGUGCUGUCGUUCCAAUCGCUGCUAUGAAGUCGCUCUGUCUGUCACUCCCGCUGCUUGGUUAAGCAGCCGCGUGGAUACCCCAGCUAAUGGCCUCCAAUGCCGUUAGCGGCUAGCUCAUGCGUUCAUGCUGGCUACGAAAUCUGUGGAUUGUGGCUUCCUACUGCUUCUAUUCGCUGUUGUGUUGUGGCUACUACGGCCCGUUCUACUGUGUGUAGAGGCCGAUCGUGAAUCUCUGGAUUGAAUCAAUUCGUGGCGGCAACUGAAUCGAAUCCGCGGUCUGUCCGGACAGAAGCUCUACACUCUAGGCCCUGUCUCCUCCUCUCAGCUAGUGAACCCAGCAAGCCUGUCUUGGGACACUUCCGUAUUUGUCGGCCCGUAUUUCGGGUCGUCAUUAGGGUCGAAACAGGGCGCCUGGCAGUCUGGUAGUUCGAACGGCUAAUUGGGCCAUGGCCGAUCGGACUACGGUGCAGGUAAUUGGCCGGAAAGUUCGGCUAGUUCACCCACCUCCAGCUCUCAGUCAGCAGCCCCCUAAAACGAAGGUGGUCUUGGUACAACGUUCAACUGAGACUGUGAACACGCUCGCGCCUCCAGCGGCUCGAGUUCGGCGUGUCACCCCUAGGUCCCAGACCUCCUCAGCUCAACCGCAGCAACAGCAGCAGUCAAAUGCGAGUAAUAUCAUCAGCGUCAAAUACGAAGCUGUGCAUACGCCUUCAACUACUGAGACACUACUCAUCGAUAACAGCGGGGAUAACACAGCCGUGACAACGGUUCUGCCUCCGACAUCUACGUGCUCCAGGCUUACCCCAGCGACGACCACUGCCACUGCAAUCCUCGAAAUACCGUCACUUGGCGAUGAACUCUUAAAUGGCUCGGAUACGUCAUCGAAAGAAGUGGUCAUCAACGGCCGUACGUACUCGAUGAUCGAAAGCGCUGGCGGUCAGCAGAUGUUUGUCGAUGUAAUCACCCAGCAAAAGUUGGUGCCGGUUGAGCGUGCAGGCGAACUCACCCUAGUCAAUGUACUUGAAGAUGAUACUGAUGAUAGCGAGCUCACCAGGGAAAUUGAGCCAGAAGAGUUCAUGGAGCUUGAUGGUUCGGUAACUACGCACGUUGAUGUUAUUCGGCCGCCAAGCUCAGCUCCGUUAGAGGGCGUCGUUGGAGUUUCGCCACUAGUCUGUCCGCCCUCACCUGUUCUACCAGUCACACAUGUGUCAGGUUCUGGCAGCACGACAAACGAAUCCCACUCGUCAUUGGUAAACAAGAACACUACAGCAUCUGGUGGCGCACAAGGUACCUUCGUCGUGUGUGAGUUAUGCAAAGCAACAUUUAGCAAACGGAGCAAUUUCUAUCGACAUUUGCGACGUGCCCAUGAAGCGGAUAGCAACCUCUUCCGGGCGAAACCGCAGGGCGUCAAAGGCAAAUGUCCUGAAUGUGACUCUCGAUUCUUCUCAAGGCAUGAACUUCUCCUACAUCUCGCCCACAAUCAUGAUCUCGAAGUUGUACUGUUCAACAUCACUUUUACCAACAAAGAGGCCUACGCACGUUGGUUGGAAGAUAUUAAGGUCCACUAUACCACCAGUUACGUGGCACACAAUGGAGGUCGAAAGUCACAGGAUGGUCGAACCGGUCGUAUUUACCACUGCAGCCACGAAUUCAUGAGCUACAAAAUGCGGCAAGCCGAAACUGUCGAUCGGAAUGAACUCACAAUGCGUUCACGAAGAUCCGUCGCAAAUAAGGUUCCGUAUUGUACAGCACAUCUUCGUGUGUUUACUGACGAGAAAGGCGUCAUGUAUGUAUCGGGUUCACCGACGCACAUCAACCAUGACAUCGACCCGGAUAACUUGAGUGGAGCUCGACUCAACUUGCCAUCGAGUGAAACUCUCCCUGGCUACAGAAGCAUCUUCAAAAAUUGUCAAGAUGGAUUGCCUGCGCAGACAAAGUCCACGAUUACAUCCGUGGUUAACAGAGCUGAGGAACUGAAAUUAUAUAUGCAACAUCGUCCAGUAUCGGAAAGUGUUCUCGUAGCCAUACAGCGGUGUCUUCACGGAAUACAACGAUCUGUUUCAAGCUAUAAAUGCCGCGCCGUUGUCUCCGAUGCGAUCCUCGAAGAUCAGAGUGCUCAAGCCGCUGUGAAAUGGGCCGUUAAGUAGUGAAUAUUUACCAAUAGGGUUUUGAUCAAUUAAGAUAUAUCGAGUUUCCGAAUUAAAUCAUUUGUAGGGGUUAAAAACGAUGUAGGGACUAGGGACUGUAUUGAUUACGGAACGAAAAGGCGCCUAAUUAUGGCGACAGCUCUCCAAUGUAUAACUGAGGCGCUUGGAAACGUUUGUUUCGAUAUCGAAGCUCAGUUGGAUGUAUGGGUUCGACCAAUUACUGGUUAUCCGCGUACAUACAUGAACGCCAUGGAAUUGUGUAUAUAUUUACAGGCGAGGGGUGUAUAUAUUUUAUAUAGAUAUAUUUAUAUACGAAUAUACAAUGUGUAUUUGCUAUGUGAUAAUAAAUUCUUAUUUAAUUACUGUAUUGUAA